CAGCAUGCGUAGCUUCCUCCCCCUUCCCUCUCUGUACGUUUGCAACCUGCUCCGAUCCAAAAGCCAGGGAGGAGACACCUGCAGCGCACCGCACCGCACCGCGCCGUUGUAUAUAACCUCGCCCCGCGCGGCGGCACACGCACCGGCACCGGCACCACCACGCCUCCCUCCCCUCCCUACCUACGCCUACGCGGCCCACGCCCACGCACGCACCGGCGAACAAUCCGAGCUGGCUCUUUUGGCCAUAAGCACAGCGGAUCAUUACCCAAUCACGGAUCUCUAGCCUCGCCUCGCCACCGCCCGCUGCUCCGCUCUGCCUCUGCCUCUGCCUGCUCACAAUCUCCCUCGCCCCGCCACCGUCGCCUGCUGCCGCCCCUGCCGCUUCUUGUGCUGCCGCCGCGGCGACGAGGAGGAGGAGAUGAAGGAGAUGAUGGUGGGGUCGGUGGCGCCGGUCGGCCCGGUCGGGAGGUGGGGGGCGGCGCCGCCGCAGGAGCUGCUGGAGCGGAUGAAGGACUACGGCCAGGAGGGCGCCUUCGCGCUCUGGGACGAGCUCUCGCCCGAGGACCGCGACCUCCUCGUCCGGGACAUCGAGAGUCUAGAUCUUUCGAGGAUUGACCGGAUCAUUCGACGCUCUAUGGGAUCACAAGGAGGCUAUCUGGCCCCCGCCGAGCCCGUGCCGGAAUCCAGCGUGUCGAGGGUGGAGGAGAGGUCUCCGGAGGACAAAGAACGGUGGUGGAAGAAGGGGCUGAGAGCCAUCUCCGAGGGGAAGCUGGCCGUUGUCCUUUUAGCUGGUGGCCAGGGGACUCGGCUUGGUAGCUCAGAUCCUAAGGGGUGUUUCAGUAUUGGACUUCCAUCUGGAAAAUCACUUUUCCAACUCCAAGCGGAACGCAUUUUGUGUAUUCAAAAGUUAGCUGCUCAGUCCAGUGAUAGUCCAAGAAAUAUUUUACCAAUCCACUGGUACAUAAUGACCAGCCCCUUCACCGAUGAUGUCACACGCAAAUUCUUCGAAAGCCGUAAAUAUUUUGGCUUAGAGGCUGACCAGGUGACCUUUUUCCAACAAGGCACCCUUCCAUGUGUUUCUGACGAUGGCAGAUUUAUUAUGGAGACUCCAUACAAGGUAGCCAAGGCACCUGAUGGAAAUGGAGGAGUUUAUGCCGCUCUGAAGUCUAAGAAGUUGCUUGACGACAUGUCUUCACGGGGUGUAAAGUAUGUAGAUUGCUACGGAGUUGAUAACGUAUUGGUUCGUGUUGCAGAUCCAACGUUCCUAGGGUACUUUAUAGAAAAGGGUGUAUCUUCUGCUGCAAAGGUUGUUAGGAAGGCUUAUCCACAAGAGAAUGUUGGAGUAUUUGUUCAAAGAGGUCGUGGUGGACCUCUUUCUGUGGUCGAGUAUAGUGAAAUGGAUGCGGCUAUGACUACUGAAAUUAAUCAAUCAACAGGACGCCUUCGUUAUUGUUGGAGCAAUGUAUGCUUGCAUAUGUUCAGUUUGGAAUUUCUGAAUCAAGUCGCAAACAGCCUUGAAAAAGACAGCGUGUAUCAUCUUGCACAGAAGAAGAUACCUUCGAUUCAUGGAUAUACAAUGGGCCUGAAGCUUGAGCAGUUCAUAUUCGAUGCAUUCAAUUACUCCCCGUCCACGACACUUUUUGAGGUGCUACGCGAAGAGGAAUUUGCUCCAGUGAAGAACGCGAAUGGUUCAGCCUACGACACCCCAGAUUCGGCCAAACUGAUGCUGCUCCGACUCCACAGCAGAUGGGUCGUUGCUGCUGGCGGCUUCCUGACCCAUUCUGUGCCCUUGUACAUGACAGGCGUCGAGGUUUCUCCGCUCAGCUCCUACGCCGGAGAAAACCUGGAGGCGAUCUGCCGCGGGCGGACAUUCCACGCGCCCAGCGAGAUCUCGUUCUAGGCGCAUCGGUUGGUGACAGCGGCAGCAGAUGGAGGAAGCAGUGUUGCACAGGGAUUGCAAGGUCGAACGGUCGAACGAAUGCCUCGCAGUUUGGGACAUUGGUUGUAUUGAGCUGAGCUCUUUGAGCUAUUGGCAUUAGGGUUUUCAGGUACUGGCCAGACUGUUGUAUCUUUUGUGAGUAAUUUGGCCCAGAUUCUGAAUGCGUCUUGGCUUUUGCCAUUUGUAACUCUUUUGGCUGUUGCUGCCCCUUUAGAUGAGCAUCUUCAACUGUACUAA